CGUCUCUAAAGGGAGUUCUUGGUUUCCUCUGAUUUCUUAUGAACCCAGGAUGGGCAGCAAGGAAGAUGCGGGUAAGGGGUGUCCGGCGGCCGGAGGCGUCUCCAGCUUCACUAUUCAGUCCAUCCUGGGCGGGGGCCCCUCGGAGGCGCCGCGGGAGCCCAGCGGCUGGCCGGCCAGGAAGCGCAGCUUGUCGGUGUCCUCGGAGGAGGAGGAGCCGGACGACGGCUGGAAGGCGCCCGCCUGCUUCUGCCCAGACCCGCACGGCACCAAGGAGCCGAGCCCCAAGCACCACGCCCCCAUCCCCUUUCCCUGCCUGGGUCCCCCCAAGAGCAGCGGCGCGGCAGGGCCAGCGGGCCCCGAGCGCACGCCUUUCCUCUCCCCCGCGCACCAGGACUUUAAGGAAGAAAAAGAGAGGCUUCUGUCUGCGGGCUCGCCGUCGCCAGGGCUCGAGCGGCCGCGGGACAGCGGCGCCGAGCGACAGGCGGGCGCCACCAAGAAGAAGACGCGCACGGUUUUCUCGCGCAGCCAGGUGUACCAGCUGGAGUCCACCUUCGACAUGAAGCGCUACCUGAGCAGCUCGGAGCGCGCCUGCCUCGCCUCCAGCCUACAGCUCACCGAGACGCAGGUCAAGACUUGGUUCCAGAACCGCCGCAACAAGUGGAAGCGGCAGCUCUCGGCGGAGCUGGAGGCGGCCAACAUGGCGCACGCGUCGGCGCAGACUCUGGUGGGCAUGCCGCUGGUGUUCCGGGACAGCUCGCUGCUGCGCGUGCCCGUUCCGCGUUCGCUCGCCUUCCCGGCGCCGCUCUACUACCCCGGCGGCAACCUCUCGGCCUUACCGCUCUACAACCUCUACAACAAGCUUGACUACUGACGGCGCCGCCCGCGCCCCGCUGCGCCCGCCGCCUCCGCGCCCCGGCCUGCGCCCUGCCCCGGGCUUGGGGUCGUGCGGCGAGUCUCCCGCAAUAUAUACACCGUGUGUAUUCAUGAUCUUUUAUUUAUGGCCUCAGCCCUGCUUUCUCUUUUGAAUAUUUCGGGUAUUUAUAGGCAUUCCCCAGCCGGAUCGCCUGCUGUCUACCCAACCCGACCAAUGCUCUUUGAAAACCACGCAGAGGGGAUGUUCGCGGGUGGUAGCGGAAGGGGA